AAUAGAGGUAGAACCAGGCCUGGGAAUCAGGUCUUCUGCCCUCAGACUCUUCAUUCUUGAUAUUUGCCAAUGACACUGUUUAUGGUGGAUCUGCAGGUGGAUCUGCACUGUUUAUGGGCGUGUUCUUAAGGGAGUGAUACAUGACUUUCUCUUCAGAACUCACUGAGCCCUGAUUGUGCCUAUGAGGAGGUGGGUGAGGGCUGGGGUUAGCAGUCCUGAAGGGCAAUGAGAAGUAGGAAAACCCCUGCAACCUAAGCUCUAGGUCGAGAGUGGCAGGGAACUCACUGACUCACCCGAGCUUUCCUCUUCUCUUUCUCUCUUCUUACCUAUUGGGCCACAUUUAUCAGGGCCAAGCCAUCAGCCACCAGGACUGCAGAUAGGUCUGGUAGCCUGAGGUUUAGAGUAGGCAAUUGUUCAGAAGUCCUUGAGGGACCCAAGAAGCAGCAUAUUGUCUCAUCCUCUUCUGUUCUGAUCCUGAAGCCCAGGGACUGAAGAAAGGGACUGGUGUCAACCUUGUCAGCUGCCUGGAACACUUUAAUUGUGCCAUGUGUGGAGCUAAGCGCUCCAAACUAGAUUUGAGUCCAUUCUCUGAUUAGGUGCUUUUCUGGAGAUGAGCUGAGUUUGUUUCUUAUGGGGGUUGGGAGUAGGAGUAGGAAAUGGAAAGAAGUCUAACUCCUGAGAUUCUAGCUAGCUUUAGGGGGCAUUCUGGGUGCCAUCUUCUCCCAGCAGUAAUGCCAGUAUAUGGCUCCUUAUGGUGGCACAAAAUUCUUAAGACUCUUCAUCUUUACUCUUUCUCUUUUAAAAUGCAAACACUCCUGGAAGACUAAAACAUUUAUAAAUUCACACAUUUGUAAGUUCCCCUGGGAACUAAGGAAAUGAACAGCUAAUCUGGAGCCAGCAAAGGCCAUUCAGGCACAGAGAAUAGUUGUAGAGUGACUCACAUAUUUUCGAAGAAAGCUCUUUUGAUUCUUACAGCAACCCCAAGAGGCUACUAGGAUGAGUAUUAUCAUUUUGUCCUUUUACAGAGAAAGAAACCCAAGGCUUGGAUAAGUGACUUGAGCAAACUCUCAAGAUAUGGUGCUUUCGCCACUAUGAAGCACCUGUAAUUUGUCCCACUAGUGCCAGCAACCUGCACAGGUGGGGUAUAAAUACUUCCUGCCCAACCAGGCAGGUUUUGAAAUGGACCCAUUUACCUUGAGUACCAACCUUCCUGGACUUGGAGAUCAUCUUAAAUGUAGCCACCUCUGUAUCAGAGCCUGUGCAAGGUGUUGAAGAGCAGAAAUGACCAAGACUAUUCUCCAUGUGAUGGCUGUACAGCACCUGGCAUCCUAUCUUGAGGUCAGAUGAUAGAACACAUGCUCACAGCAUGACUCACAGUACUUCAGUCUGCAAGAGGCUAGUCAAAUUAAAUGUUAUUAAUAAAGCCUACAAGACUGUCAUAACGGCUAAGAGUUGGGGGAGGGGAACAGCUUGCUCUGAGCUGUGCCCAGUAACUGCAGCUGGGGGCUUGUCUGCUUCUCAUGACUAGAUAAGUAAAGUGAAGCUAAAUGAGACCUCAGGCCCAAAAUGGGCCUCUGGUCACCCCUGAGACCAUAUUCAUAGGGUUGCUCUACUUCCCCCAAUUCCUUUCUACUCCCCCUUCAGAACUUCUCUUGAAAGGCAAAUUUGCCAUUUUCCUUGCUGCUUGGAAUGCCCUUCUCUUCCCUAACUUAUUUUUUAUGAUCCAGUUCAAAUGUUACCUCUUCUGCCAGAGGCAGUUAGUAACUUCCUCUCCCAGGUUCUCCUAAGCCUUCUGUCUCUGAAGUACUAUCAUUUGGGCCUCGUGGAGGGGAGCUGCUAUGGGCUGGUUCCUGAAUGCCUUGUUCUAGUUGUUCAGUAGUACCCCAAUACCAUGUGUUCAGUGAAUGAACAAAUGUAUAAAUGACAUAUCAACAGUCUUCAGUUUGGUUGGAGAGUAGAGAUCACAUAGCCCUCUUCCCAACCCGGUGGAACUCUAUGCGUUCCCUGUUGCACAGCUCUGUUCAGUGCACAUUGCACACCAUGUUUGCAUGUGGAGGCAUGCCCUGGCUGUGGGUGGUGGGUGGCUCCUCCAUCAGCUACAUUGGAAGCAGAGGGAUGGGGGUGGAGGCUUUGAGGACCAGGAAGCCCAGGGCUAGGCCCUGAUUGAGCACCAGACAAGAAGAGCAGGUUGGGGUGGGAACUGUUUCUCAGGCCCCAUUCUUUCUGCUUCCUUGACUAAAGAAGUGACCAGAAGCUGUACACAGAGGUCUGGAGUCUGAAGAGAGCCAGGUACAGAAGAAAGGACCCAAGAAGGCCCUGACUCAGAUCUCUGCCAGGAGGUUGGCUGAGGAGUUAAAGAGGCAAGCAGAGGGAAUAAUAAUCUGGGAAUGGGUAGGUGCCUCAGGGAAGCCCAGGGGUGAGGUAGGAAGAUCCAGGCCCGGGAUUCCAGUUCUGGCUCUGUCGCUUCCAAAUUGGAUCAUCCUGCUCGAGUCGCUUCACCUUUCCAAACUGCAGUUCCUCCUUCUGUAAAAUGGGCAUUACAACAACUCUCGACUGAGAGGUGGUCAGUGAGGUAAUUGGAAAGGACUGGCGUUUGGUAACCUGCAGAGGGCAGUCCUAGAGGCGGGGCCCGCCGGGAUUGAACGCUGUACUCACGGAAGGCGGGAGCGACGCAGGAACAGAUGGGGAAGAAGUAAGUCUCCGCCCCGAGCCUGCUCUCCCGGGCACUCGGCCCCUCUCUCUGUCCCCCUUCUCCCAGGACCCCGAGGACCCCGAGCGCCUGGGUUCGUUCUCUCCCGUACCCGCUGCCGGGGCCGGAUGCCAGGGCGGGCAGGCAAGAAGCGCCGCGCUGGGGCCUCUGGGAGCAAGCGGGAGACGCCGGCAGUCAACCGACUCCUGGGCCUGGGCAGCCUUGGAGGAACAGGAUAGAAGGUGGUGUGUUAUGUCCCCUGGGCUCUGACCUUCUCUCCUACCAUGAGGUGGAGCCGCCCUUUGCCCAGGGCCUUUUGGGGCCCUGGUCUGGGAAGAGCACUCCAGCCAUCAGAUGAACGCAUCCCUUUCCUGAUCCACUGGAAUUGGGCCCUUAAAGGGGAGUGUCCCCUGGGCCCCCCUAGGGCCUUUCUACGCCACCAUGGAAGCUCAGUGGGCAGUGGUCCCCCAUCAGGGAGGCAUAAACAGUUGUUCUGGAGCACCUCUGCAACUGAAGCCAUACAGCGGCAUCGCCGGAACCUGGCUGAGUGGUUCAGUCGGCUUCCCAGGGAAGAGCGCCAGUUUGGCCCGACCUUUGCACUAGACACAGUCCAUGUGGACCCUGUGAUCCGUGAGUGCACCCCCGAUGAGCUGCUUCGCCCACCUUCGGUGCUGGCCCUGGAACACCAAUUGCCCCCAGCCAGGCUUCCUACCCUGGCCCUGUCUCAACUCUUUGACCCAGAUGCCUGUGGGCGCCGGGUGCAGACAGUAGUUCUGUAUGGGACGGUGGGCACAGGCAAGAGCACACUGGUGCGAAAGAUGGUCUUGGACUGGUGUUAUGGGCGGCUGCCAGCCUUCGAGCUGCUCAUCCCCUUCUCCUGCGAGGACCUGUCAUCCCUGGGCCCUGCCCCUGCCUCCUUGUGCCAACUUGUGGCCCAGCGCUACGUGCCCCUGAAAGAGAUUCUGCCCCUGAUGGCCGCCACUGGGUCCCGCCUACUCUUUGUGCUCCAUGGCUUGGAGCAUCUCAAUCUCGACUUCCGGCUGGCAGGCACAGGGCUUUGCAGUAACCCUGAACAGCCAGAGGUGCCAGCUGCGAUUAUAGUCAAUCUGCUGCGGAAAUACAUGCUGCCUGAGGCCAGCAUUCUGGUGACCACCCGGCCCUCUGCCAUUGGCCGUAUCCCCAGCAAGUAUGUGGGCCGCUAUGGUGAGAUCUGCGGCUUCUCUGAUACCAACCUGCAGAAACUCUAUUUCCAGCUCCGCCUCAAUCAGCCAGACUGCGGGCACAGUGCUGGGGGUGCAGGUGUUUCAGCCACACCAGCUCAGCGUGACAACCUGGUAGAGAUGCUCUCUAGGAACCUGGAAGGGCACCACCAGAUCGCUGCUGCUUGCUUCCUGCCCUCUUAUUGUUGGCUUGUCUGUGCCACCUUGCACUUCCUGCAUGCCCCCACGCCAGCUGGCCAAACCCUCACAAGCAUCUAUACCAGCUUCCUGCGUCUAAACUUCAGUGGGGAGAUGCUAGACAGCACUGACCCCUCCAAGUUGUCCCUGAUGGCCUAUGCAGCCCGAACCAUGGGUAAGUUGGCCUAUGAGGGGGUAUCUUCUCGUAAGACUUACUUCUCUGAAGAGGAUGUCCAUGGCUGCCUGGAAGCUGGCAUCAGGACAGAAGAGGAGUUUCAGCUGCUACAUGUCUUCCGCCGGGAUGCCCUGAGAUUUUUUCUAGCCCCAUGCGUGGAGCCGGGGCACCUGGGCACCUUUGUGUUCACUGUACCUGCCAUGCAGGAAUACCUGGCUGCCCUCUACAUUGUGUUAGGUUUGCGUAAGACAACUCUGCAGCAAGUGGGCAAGGAAUUGGCUGAGCUUGUGGGCCGUGUCGGGGAGGACGUCAGCCUGGUCCUGGGCAUCGUGGCCAAGUUGCUGCCCCUGCGGGCCCUGCCUCUACUCUUCAACUUGCUUAAGGUGGUUCCACGAGUGUUUGGGCGCAUGGUGGGUAAAAGCCGUGAAGCGGUGGCCCAGGCCAUGGUGCUGGAGAUGUUCCGAGAGGAGGAUUACUACAAUGAUGACGUCUUGGACCAGAUGGGUGCCAGUAUCCUGGGUGUGGAGGGCCCCCGGCGCCACCCAGAUGAACCCCCUGAGGAUGAGGUGUUUGAGCUUUUCCCCAUGUUCAUGGGAGGGCUUCUCUCUGCUCACAAUCGAGCCGUGCUGGCUCAGCUUGGCUGCCCCAUCAAGAACCUGGAUGCCCUGGAGAAUGCCCAGGCUAUCAAGAAGAAGCUGGGCAAGCUGGGACGGCAGGUGCUGCCCCCCUCGGAGCUUCUUGACCACCUCUUCUUCCAUUACGAGUUCCAGAAUCAGCGUUUUUCUGCUGAGGUGCUCAGCUCCCUGCGCCAGCUCAACCUGGCGGGUGUGCGCAUGACACCCCUCAAAUGCACAGUGGUGGCAACUGUACUGGGCAGUGGAAGGCAUGCUCUGGAUGAAGUGAACUUGGCUUCCUGCCAGCUGGACCCUGCUGGGAUACGCACACUCAUGCCUGUCUUCCUACGUGCCCGGAAGCUGGGUUUGCAACUCAACAGCCUGGGCCCUGAGGCCUGCAGAGACCUCCGAGACCUGCUGCUGCAUGACCAGUGCCAAAUUACCACCCUGCGGCUGUCCAACAAUCCACUGACGGCAGCAGGUGUGGCCUUGCUGGUAGAGGGGCUAGCGAGAAACACCUCUCUGACACACCUGUCCCUGCUACACACGGGCCUUGGAGAUGAGGGCCUGGUGCUGCUGGCUGCCCAGCUGGAGCGUAACCAACAGCUACAGGAGCUGAACGUGGCCUACAAUGGCGCAGGUGACACAGCGGCCCUGGCUCUGGCCAAGGCUGCCCGGGAGCAUCCCUCUCUGGAGCUGCUGCACCUCUACUUCAAUGAGCUGAGCUCAGAGGGCCGCCAGGUCCUGCGAGACUUGGGGAGCACUGCUGAAGGCAGUGCCCGAGUAGUGGUAUCGCUGACAGAGGGGACAGCAGUGUCCGAGUACUCGUCGGUGAUUCUCAAUGAAGUCCAGCGGAACCUCAGCAGCUGGGAUCGGGGCCGGGUCCAGCGCCACCUUGAGCUACUGCUGCGGGAUCUGGAAGAUAACCGAGGAGCCACCCUUAAUCCUUGGCGCAAGGCCCAGCUGCUUCGAGUGGAGGGCGAGGUCAGGGCCCUCCUGGAACAGUUGGGAGGCUCUGGAAGCUGAGAUAGUGGCAGCAGGCACCUAGCCGUGUGACCCCUGGCCCCAAGCCCUUUCCCUCUGUGGCCUCCUGGCUUGUACUGCUACUUCUAGAAAGAUCCCUUCGGGGCCGGAGGCAAAAGAAUGGGCACAGCUGUGCCAGCGGUCCUCCUGGAACAUGUCCAGCCAGUGCUCCCAAGUCAGGAAUUUCCAGGGUCAUGGAACAUGUCUCCUUUCCCUUGGGCUAGAAGGACCAGAGGAUAUGGCGUUUUGGUAGCCAAAUUGCCCUGUAGCACCACCACCAACCUUGCCUCUCUCUCUUCUCAAGGAGCCUCUGUGCCACCAGGGGGUACACUUCUUAGUCUGCCUUGCCAGGGGUGUCGCUGUCUAGUUGUGUCGGAGGGCUUCUACCUCCUGCUUUUAUGCUUUCUGUGGACCCUGAGUGACCCGUAGCCACUUGCUCCUCAGCCUCAUGCUCCCCUUACCACAAUGGUACCCAUGCUCAGUGGCCCUGAGAGGCAUGUGUGCCAAUUGGUGCUAUUAAAAAACUGUGUCUUCCACCUAA